UCCGCACUCAGCCACGGCGACUCGCUCUUCCGGCGAGUUUCUCCGUCACGGAGGCUCUCAUAGAUACACAUAAAGCUUAAGGAGAAAUUUGAAUGGUUGGACAUGAAGAUGGAGAGUAGCAAGAUGUACACGUCACCCUCUUGGAUCACAUCGGUUUCUUGCGCUGCCCCAGUUGAGGACGACUCCGUUCUGCCUGCAAUCAAAUGGCUGAGAUUCAUCUUCCUUUCUCCAUGUCCUCAAAGGGCUCUUUUAUCUGCCAUAGAUGUCCUUUUCUUGCUUGUUCUACUGGCUUUUGCUUUCCGGAAGCUCUGUUCCAAGUUGAGGAGAGAUUCCAUUAAUGGCGUUGACAAACAAUCCCUCAUCCAACCCCACAGAUCUCAAGUUGUUCGCACUGAUUUCUGGUUCAAGUUAUCUUUAUCUCUCUCUGCUCUAUUAGCCAUUUCAUCUCUAGUAUUGAGCAUUUACAUAUUUAGCUCGAGCGGGUCGUCCCUAUGGAGCGUCAUAGACGGGCUGUUUUGGCUCUUCAAUUCAUUAACUCAUUUGGUCAUCACAGUUCUAAUCAGUCAUGAGAAGAAAUUCCAAGCUGUUAAUCAUCCCUUGUCGUUACGUUUAUUCUGGAUAGCAGACUUUGUUGUGAUGUCAUUGUUCUUAGGUUCAGCGAUUAUCCGUGUCGUCUCCAGUCAAGAAAGUGACCCUAAUUUCAUGCUAGAUGAUUUAAGUUCAUUGAUUUCAUUCCCGAUUUCGAUAGUCCUUUUGAUUGUAGCUGUGAGAGGGUCAACUGGAAUAUCAGUGGCACCAAGGGAUUCUGAACCAGAAACUCUUGCAGGGAAAUCAGACGUGAGUGCUUAUGCGUCGGCAUCAUUUCUCUCAAGAACUUUCUGGUUUUGGAUGGACCCAUUGCUGAAAAAAGGUUACAGAUCACCUUUGAAGCUUGAGGAUGUUCCAACACUCUCUCAUGAGCAUAGAGCCCAAAGAAUGUCAGAGAUUUUCGAGAGGAAGUGGCCUAAGCCAGAAGAGAGUUCGAAGCAUCCUGUCCUAACCACGUUGUUCCGUUGCUUCUGGAAACAAGUUGUGUUCACAGCAGCUAUAGCGAUUGUCAGGCUGUGCGUGAUGUAUGUUGGGCCUUUGUUGAUCCAGAGGUUCGUGGACUACACAUCCGGGAAAAGGACAUCCCCUUAUGAAGGGUACUAUCUUGUUGGCACUCUCAUGGUUGCAAAGUUUGUUGAGGUUUUAACUUCUCACCACUUCAACUUCAAUUCCCAAAAGCUCGGAAUGCUCAUCCGUUCCACCCUCAUCACCUCUCUAUACAAGAAAGGGUUGAGACUCACUUGCUCGGCAAGACAAGACCACGGAGUUGGGCAGAUAGUGAAUUACAUGGCUGUUGAUGCUCAGCAGUUGUCUGACAUGAUGCUUCAGCUACAUGCCAUAUGGCUCAUGCCGGUACAAGUCUCCAUAGCGUUAGCCAUUCUGUAUAGCAGCCUAGGAGGUUCGGUAGUUGUGACGCUAGUCGGCCUUGUAGCAGUUUUACUGUUCAUUGUGUACCGGGCCCGCCAAAACAACCGGUUCCAGUUCAAUAUAAUGACGAACCGCGAUUCCAGAAUGAAGGCGACAAAUGAGAUGCUUAACUAUAUGCGCGUCAUCAAGUUUCAGGCUUGGGAAGAGCACUUCAACCAGAGGAUACAAUCUAUUCGCGGCGUGGAAUACGGGUGGCUAUCUAAGUUCAUGUAUUCGGUUGCCGGGAAUAUGAUUGUUCUUUGGAGCACCCCGUUGCUUGUAGCCACGCUCACAUUCGGGAGCGCGAUCUUGUUGGGGGUCCCACUUGAUGCCGGGAAAGUGUUCACGGCGACUUCAAUCUUCAAGAUGCUACAAGAGCCAAUCAGGACCUUCCCACAGUCCAUGAUCUCGCUUUCGCAAGCGGUGAUAUCUCUGGAGAGAUUGGAUAGGUACAUGAUGAGCAAGGAGUUGGUCGAGAGUUCGGUCGAAAGAGUGGUAGGGUGUGGUGGGGAUGGGGUUGCAGUGGAAGUGAAAGGCGCGACCUUUAGUUGGGACGACGGACGGGGGCAUCAAGUGCUUAAAGAUCUAAAUUUUGAAAUCAAGAAAGGCGAACUCGUAGCUGUUGUGGGGACCGUUGGGUCCGGGAAAUCAUCUCUUUUGGGAGCUGUGCUUGGUGAGAUGCACAAACUCUCAGGCAAGGUGCGAGUUUGUGGUUCAACCGCCUAUGUUGCACAAUCAUCAUGGAUUCAGAAUGGGACCAUACAAGAGAACAUCCUGUUUGGUUCACCUAUGAACAGGGAGAGGUAUGAGGAAGCGAUGAGAGUUUGUUGCUUGGAAAAAGACAUGGAAAUGAUGGAGUACGGGGAUCAGACUGAGAUUGGAGAGCGCGGCAUUAACCUCAGUGGUGGCCAGAAGCAGCGCAUUCAGCUUGCAAGAGCUGUGUAUCAGGACUCUGACAUUUACCUGCUUGAUGAUGUUUUCAGCGCCGUUGAUGCCCACACCGGUUCUGAAAUCUUCAAGGAAUGUGUGAAAAGGGCUCUCAAGGGUAAGACAACCAUUUUGGUUACCCAUCAAAUAGACUUCUUGCACAACGUUGACAUGAUCUUAGUGAUGCGAGAUGGGAUGAUUGUUCAAUCUGGCAGAUAUGACGACCUUCUGAAAUCUGGGUUAGAUUUUAAAGCACUGGUAGAUGCUCACGAGUCUUCGCUUGAACUUGUUGAUGUGGAAACCACUUCAGAGAGCAACAAAGAGUCCCACCCUAAGAGGGAACAAACCAGACAAGUGUCAUUUAACCGAGCAGGGGAGAGUGGAGAUGAAACUCUACAGCAACCCGAUGAGUCUAGUGGGGCAAGUUCCAAACUUAUAAAAGAAGAGGAAAGAGAAACCGGCACGGUUGGUUUCCAUGUUUACAAACUAUAUUGCACAGAAGCGUUUGGUUGGUGGGGUGUCAUUGUGGUUGUGGUGCUAUCCCUAGUUUGGCAAGGGACUCAAAUGGCAAGUGAUUACUGGUUGGCAUAUGAAACUGCCGAAGAGCGAUCUGCAUCGUUCAACCCCUCUUUUUUUCUUGAGGUUUAUGGUAUUAUCGCAGUUGUAGCAUCCGUUUUGGUAGUUCUAAGAAUGUACUCUUGCACAAUCAUGGGCCUAAAGACUUCUCAAAUAUUCUUUAGUCAAAUUCUCCACAGCAUUCUUCAUGCUCCCAUGUCGUUUUUUGACACAACGCCUUCCGGAAGAAUUCUUAGUCGGGCAUCCAAUGAUCAGACCAACAUUGAUGUUUUCCUCCCAUUCUUCAUGAACCUCACACUUGCAUUCUACAUUACACUCAUUGGGAUCAUCAUCAUGACAUGCCAAUAUACUUGGCCAACUGUUGUACUUCUGAUUCCACUCGGUUGGCUGAACUUCUGGUGCAGGGGAUACUUUCUUGCAACUUCGCGCGAAUUGACAAGGCUAGACUCAAUCACAAAGGCACCAGUCAUCCAUCAUUUCUCAGAAAGCAUUGCUGGUGUCAUGACCAUACGUUGCUUCAGGAAACAAGAUGGGUUCAGCCACGAAAAUGUUAACCGGGUCGAUGCUAACUUGCGAAUGGAUUUCCACAAUAAUGGGUCCAACGAAUGGCUCGGGUGCCGGUUAGAACUCAUUGGAAGCUUUAUUCUCUGUACCUCGGCAUUGUUCAUGAUCGUGUUGCCUAGCAGCAUCAUCAAGCCUGAAAAUGUUGGGUUAUCUUUGUCAUAUGGAUUGUCCCUCAACGCCUCGCUCUUCUGGACUAUAUUUAUUAGCUGCUUCGUGGAAAAUAAAAUGGUAUCUGUUGAGAGGAUUAAACAGUUCACAAACAUACCAUCAGAAGCAGAAUGGAGAAAGAAGGAUCUUCUUCCACCUCCAAACUGGCCAAACAAGGGAAAUGUUGAGCUCCAAGACCUGCAGGUCAGGUACCGCCCGAACACGCCUUUAGUCAUUAAAGGCAUAACUCUCAGCAUUGAAGGGGGCGAGAAGAUUGGGGUGGUUGGUCGGACGGGCGGGGGGAAAUCCACCCUGAUCCAAGUGUUCUUCAGGUUGGUGGAGCCCACAGCGGGACGAAUAGUCAUCGACAACAUCGACAUUUCCGUCCUCGGACUCCAUGAUCUCAGGUCCCGCUUCGGAAUCAUACCGCAGGAACCGGUUCUCUUUGAAGGAACCGUGAGGAGCAACAUAGACCCCAUUGAACAGUACUCAGAUGAAGAAAUAUGGAAGAGCCUAGAACGUUGCCAGCUUAAAGACGUUGUAGCUUCUAAACCCGAGAAACUUGGCGCUCCGGUUGCGGAUAAUGGAGACAAUUGGAGCGUUGGGCAGAGGCAGCUUCUCUGCUUAGGGAGAGUAAUGCUAAAACGAAGCAAGCUUCUGUUCAUGGACGAAGCAACCGCAUCCGUUGAUUCACAAACGGACAGCGUGAUUCAAAAGAUCAUCCGGGAAGACUUUGCUUCAUGUACAAUAAUCAGCAUUGCUCAUAGGAUACCGACCGUCAUGGACUGCGACCGAGUCCUUGUCAUUGAUGCAGGAAAAGCCAAGGAAUUUGACCGGCCAUCGCGCUUGUUGGAGAGGCCCUCGCUCUUCGGGGCUCUGGUUCAGGAGUACGCGAACCGGUCGUCUCAACUCUAGACCUAUUCGUCUCUCUGUUUGCCUCUCAAGAAGAUUUCCUCCGGUGCAGACGUACGGAGCAUCACAUUUUAUUUUGUUUUGCUGAUAGAAAAUGUUGUUGUAACCUUAGAAUAAUAUAAUGCUCAUUCAUCUUCUUGAGCUCUUAUGUAAACUGUAAAAGAUACUUUGUAUCUUUAUGUUAUUCCAACAUUUGUCCACAUCAUUAAUGAAAUUCAUCUUCACUU